GCUCGGGGGAGCUGGGGCUGGCCAUCGGGGGCGGGGCUGACUAUGGCGAGUUCCCGUUCGUCACGGCCGCCCCCGGGGGCGGACCCACGGUGGGCGACAUCAUCCUGGAGAUUGGAGGGACACCUGUGUUGGGAAUGACCCUCGGUGAUGUCAGAGGAGUCCUGAACUCCUGUCCUCAUCCAAUCAGAAUCAAGACUGUCUCACCAGGUUCAUCUCUGUGUAAAGACCUCAGGUUGUACCUCAGUAAGUGUUUCACGCCGGGCUCCAUGGACAGUCAGCUGCAGCAGCUCAUCAGGGAGAACCUGUACCUGCGCGCCGUGCCCUGUACGACCAGGCAGCCUCGAGAUGGAGAGAUUUCAGGUGUGGACUACAACUUUGUCUCCAUCGAGGAAUUUUUCUCUCUGGAGGAGUCCGGAGCUCUGCUGGAGAGCGGCAAAUUCAAAGGGAAUUAUUAUGGGACGCCCCGCCCCGUCCACAUUGGCCCAGAGAGUCCACCAAUCACAUACCAGGAACAUCGAAACCUGCUGAGGAACUUCAGGACAAGGAGCAAGUCUCUGAGUAACCUGGAGAAAGCUGUGGAGGAAGGGGACAACAGUGAGGAGGACAGCGGGCUGACGGGAUCAGCUGGAGCCCCGCCCACAACCCUGCCUCUCAGCCAGUCAUGGGAGUCCGCGGUAGGAAUGGAGAAUGGAGGAGGGGGAAGAGGAGUAGGGAGGGGAAGAGCGGGAGUGGGAGGUCCGCUGCCGGAAAACUGGGAGCUGGCCUACAGUGAUUCAGGGGAGCCGUAUUACAUCGACCAUAAUUCAAAGACGACCAGCUGGCUGGAUCCUCGAACUCAGAACAAAGAGACGACGUCUUCUACAGAACUCCCAGAGUUCACCGACCAGCCCAGUCAGCUGAAGGGCUACUCCAUCCACACUCGGCUCUCUAAAGGUCCUCGAGGUUUCGGCUUCAACAUAGUUGGAGGAAGUCGACCCCGAGAGUUUCUGCAGGUGUACAGCGUCACACCUGGAGGACCGCCUGCUCUCAACACAGCGGACAUCCUGGUCUACAUCAACGACACCUGUGUGCUGGGUCGCUCUCACAAAGAAGUGGUGGAGAUGCUGAAGUCGGUACCGAUGGGUCAAAGCGUGGAUGUGGUGCUGAGGAGAGGAUACCCGAUGCUUUAUAACCCCGAUGGCUGUCCCAAACAGAGCCUGGAGACGCAGCCGCAGACCCCCAGCGAGUCCGGCAACCUGAGCCGAGGCCUGACGCACCUCACCUACAGCCGCACUCUGGACGCCAACGGCAGCACGCCAGGCCUGGCACAAACCCCGCCCUCUUAUGCCACUCAGCCAAUGACAAAUGGACUCACGGGCCCACCCACCCCCACGUCUUCUGAUACCCCACUGGGUCCACCACACCCAGCGGAGAGGACGCUUACCAAUCACAGUGACUCUGAUGGCGGCCUAUCCAAUGCAGGAACUCGAAGGUCUUCUCUGAUUCGCUACAACAGCAACACUCUCCCCGCCCUCUCUUCCACUUCCCUUCUCCAACAUCAGAGCUCCAAGUCCUCAGAGAGUGACCUGUCCACGUCCACGCUCCCCAUAUCCUCCUCCACGCUCCCCAUCACUUCUUCAUCCUCACACACUCUUACGAAACUUGCACUCUCUCAGCCCGAGACGGGCCUCCUCCAAAACUCCACCAGUUCCAGCAGCACAAACAACACCCCCUCCUCUUCUACACCUCCUGGUCCGCCUGUGCAUCGCCCACUGAUGCCUCAGACCUCCCUCGCUCUGACCCCACCCAGAGACAUCCCACCCUGUGGCUUUAACGGGUGCCCGGCCAAUCACCAAGCACCCUCCACAGCAUCCAGAGGAAACCCCGGAUUGGUGCUCCCCCUUGGAGCCGGGUCCCCGGGGACAGCCCACGGCGGGGAGCUCGUGCCGGUGGCUCUCAGCCGCAGUGAGAGCGGGGGACUGGGGUUCAGUGUGACAGCAGGGGGAAAUGGGGGUCAACAGCCAGUAGUCAGGCGGGUUUGGGAUCGGAGGCAGUGCCUGUCGCUGCAGUCAGGAGACAUUAUAGUGAAGAUCAAUGGAGCAGACGUCCAAAGCUUCAGCUUCUCCCAGGUGCAGAGAGUGCUGCAGGAACACACCAAGCAGGGAGAGGUUGUACUUCUGGUCUACAGAGGAGCUCCCGUAUCCUCCCCAGUCGUCACCCCCAACAUCUACAAACGCCUCAUCAUCCCGCACGGAAUGACCGGCCCUUCCUCCUCCCACCCCAACACUUCAGCCGACAUGCCUUCCCCGUCCACGGGUGCCUUGGUGGGGGGUAUUCCCCCACUCAGCCAGGCUGGUUUGGCCCUUGAGAGUCCCCAGGAGGGGCAACUACCAGCAGCAGGGAACCACCAAGGUGCCCCUCCUGCCCAGACGCCUAACGGACCUCCAGCCUCGGCCCUCAUCCAGAGCACUAGCUUCCUGGACUCAGUUCCUGUGACGCUGACCUUAGAGCCACGUGACUUGUUGGGCGUGGAGGAGAGCGCCGGCGGACCUCCUGCACUCAGAGAGGGCGGACUAGGAGCCGUUCCUAAGGAUGGAAGAGGAGGAGGAGUAAAGUCAGUGGAUGUGGAGCUGAGGAGGCGACAAGGAGAAGGCUUUGGAUUUGUUAUCGCCUCUCAGGAAGUGAGUGGAGCCCCAUCGCUGAUGUCUCACCGGUUCGUGACGGUGCGUCGUGGCAGCCCGGCGGCUCGCAGUGGGCAGAUCCAGCCCGGAGACCAGCUGGAGGCGGUGGAGGGUCGGCCGGUCGCAGGUCUACAGCACCGAGACCUGGCCCAGAUCCUGAGGAGAGCCGGGAACACACUGAGGCUGAGCAUCACUCCUCGACACCAUUCCUCUUCCCUGACCGAAGCCGCAGAUCUGGACAUAGAUGGUCGGAUGAUAAAAGGACCCAGAGGGAGGUCAAAGCAGGAGGAGUCAAAGUUCUACAGCGUGGACCUGGAGCGAGGUCCUACGGGUUUUGGUUUUUCUCUGAGGGGAGGCAGUGAAUACAACAUGGGACUGUAUGUACUCGGGCUGAUGGACGGGGGGCCAGCCCAGCGCAGCAACAAGAUACAGGUGUCCGACCAGCUGGUGGAGAUAAAUGGAGACAGUACAGCAGGAAUGACUCACAGUCAGGCCGUUGAGCAGAUCAGAAGAGGAGGACAUCGAAUCCACCUCGUCCUCAAGAAGGGAAACGGAUACGUGCCCGACUACGGCCCUGAGGAAGGAGCCCUCUCCCCCUCCUCCUCUUCACACACCGAGGAGCUGGAUGUGGAUACGAUAACCAUGACAACUGCCUCCCUCAGCCAGGAAAUGAGACGAGGAAGUGGUGCGGGAGAAGGAGAGAGGAGGAGGAGAGAGAGAGAAACCAAAAGAAGAACAGGAGGAUUAGGAUUAGGGCCUCCUGCUCUGGACCUGGACAUAGUGGAGGAGGAAGCACGGGUGCUGGAGAGGAGAUGGCAAGAGGAGGAGCAAAGGGAGGAGAGGAAGAGAAGAAGUCAGACUGUCAGGCAGAUGAAGCAGGAUGACCUCAAGGAGCAGGGGAGGAGGAGCAGGAGCUUACCCAGGAGUGAUGCCCACCUCAGGGACUCACCUCUGUCAGAGGAGUCCAGAAGAGGAGGGGGAGAGCGGGAGAGGAGAGAGGAGAGAAACAGCAGCACCAACCGCCGUGCAAAGCAUGCUGGGAACUCGGCUGCAUCUCAGAAGGCAGCGUUCUCCUUCCUCAUGCCAUUGGACGAUGACAGACAUCUUUCCGACAGCGAAUCAACAUCCAGUUUUUCGGAGAUGCACCUAUCUGCAGCAAGCAUCGCCACUGCUGGCUCGAGGGAGGAGUCUGAUUGGAGGAGAGCUGAGUUGCCGUUGCAAGAUGGAAACGGCCCGGGCCCUUGGCUGAAGCCGAGCACGCAGAGACUGACGCGGGUGCUGACGAGCAGUCAGAUCCGUGGGCGGGGACUAGCGGGUGGGCUCUCUCUCUGAUUGGCCAGCUGUGAGGGCAUUCUCCUCUUUUAUUUGCUGAUUUUUUUUUUUAUUGGCUACUUAUCAAGGGCUUUUUUGAUUGGCCUGCUGGAGAAGACACACCUCCGUCUGUGUCCAACUGGAUGACCACAGAAAACUCUGUUUGUAAUUGGCUGGUGGGUGACAUAACAGCUACACAGACCUGCCGAACCAACACCUUUAAUAUUACCCAUCAUGCCUCAGUACAUCCUGAGACCUGUAUCAUAAAGCUAUAUCAGGCCGCCAUCGCCUGUCAGACAAUUUCAACCCUCCACUUAUUUUAUCUUCCUCUCGGGAUUCUAUUUUACUUCGACUUGAUUCGAGUAACAUCCUAAUACGGGUUAGGGUUAGAUUACAGCGAUUGAAACAUUCACCAAAUCACCCGAGCUGCCUGUGGACAGCUGAACUCUUUGUGAUACAGGCUCCUGGUCUGCAGACCUGAUGUGACGUUUCCGUGUGAAACAUCACGUCUGCGUUUCAUGGCUUCAUCACGACCAUCUUCACUCGCAUCCUUCCAACUUCAAAAUGGUAUGCAAACAACAUCCGAACCGAACAACGGCGCUGUUUCGUGAUUCUCUCUGUGUAAUCUGAGCAUGUGAAUAUUACUGGAAUGAUUUUUUUAUUUUUAUAAACGUGUAACAAAAUUAUUAUUAUAACGAUAUUAGAGAUUAAAUAGAUCCAGAGAUGAUUUGAUUUGCCUGCUUGCUUGUAAAAAUGAAAGGAAAAUAACCUGAUGAUGUAACAGAGCCAUACACACGCACACACACACAUACAGAUGUCAGGUCCAGCUGUGGUCCUGUCGGCUGUCGAGGAACAUAACAUCACCAUGGCAACAUGGCCUGUCUCUAUAGCGACAGCCGCGGAGGAGCAGGACGACCUGCAGCUUUGGAUCAUAACAAGUGCCUCGUUUUGUUUCAGCCUUCGUCCUGCAGACUGUCGCUUCGCAGAAGCUGCAGGCAGAGACGCACGCCGUCACUUCCUGCAACACGUCAAACAACGCCAAGACCUUUCAGACACCAAAAUAUCCCAUCAUGCAACCGCCAAUACUGACUUUAAUGCUUUUUAUAAUUGAGACAUACUUGAGCUAAGAAUCAGUUUGUGUGCCACAAAAUCAAAACGACCCCUCAUGUUAUCUGAAUGUGUCUUCGCCUUAACUCCAGAGGUCCCAAAAUUAGGGCGGCAACUAAUUAUUUUCACUACCGAGUAAUCUUCAUUGAUUUUUUUUCCCUUAUAAGAUGUCAGAAAAUAGUCAAAAGAUUGUGCUGUAACUUGUCCAACCCAUAAAUGCAUCUUCAGAGGCCUUUUAUGGGUUUUCUUGUUGAAAGAUGUUUAAUUUACAUCAAGUGAAUCAAAGGAAAUCAUUAAAUCUUGACUUCUUUUCUUCAGGCUUCAGAAAAUCUGGCAUUUUACCAACUAAUUAAAUUUAUCGAUUGAUUUUGUAGCUCUGUUUAAAACAACAGGAACAAAAUUUACACAGACCUCAUCUGUAAUCUAUAAAAUCCCAAAGUUAAAUUAAAUAUAAAUGGGUAUAUCAGAUAUCUGCACCCUUAAGACAUUUGUUAAGAGUGUGGAAAUAGUUCUGUCAUUUUAUAGACAAAUCAAUGAGAAGCAACAGUACAGCCCUGUGUUUGCCAUUUGGACUGAGGGUUGGUGUGCACUACAGAGAUGUAAAUAAUAUUAAAUUAACAGAUAAAACCAAAACACUGAUUAAUGUCCACAGGAUAAUGUGCAGUGACGUGAUGUGAGACUGUCAGUGCAUUACCACAUGCAUGACGUUCAGAGAAUUUCAGCCUAGAAGUUCAAGUUGAAUAGUGCAAACAAUCACGCACACGUCUCCGCUGAAUCGAAAUAGCAGAAGAAACAGUGUCUAGAUUUUUCUUUUUGUUGUUCACGUAGCAGGUUUUUUAAGCCACAUUUAAAAUGUUUAUUUUAAAGAGUUAUUCACGCGAGAGUACUUUAUUUAAACAACUAAUAACGCUAACAACAUGGUAAGGCUCCUUUUAAGGAGGACCUAUUCUGCCUUCCCUGAGGUCUCGUAACAAACCAAAGUAUUAAACAUGUCGAAGUAAAACAUGAAAGCCAAAAAAUAUUUAGAAAUUAGUAAAAUUAUUUAUAACAAAUAUUUUGUUUCUAUUUUCACAAUAAAAUUGGCCAAUCACACGGAAGUGGCUGUACAAAGGAACAGUGUAAGAUCGGUAAAAGAAAACUAUAAAUCAUGCUACGCUACGUUAGCUGAGUUCCCGAAUAAAGACCAAGAGCUGGAAAUGAGCAGAAUAGGUCUCCUUUCAGAAUCACACCGAAGAAAUGUAAAGUUUUUAAAAUAAAAGAUUAUAUGAUGUAAAAAUAAUAAAAUGCUCACUGCUCUCUGCGGACAAACUGCAGAACAGUGUUUUCACACCUUA